CCAACACAACCCAACCGGUAUGGUGUACGUGAUCUCGGGGUAGUUUGAUGUCAAAAGAGUAGCCAUUUUAGAAAAUCAAAACAGUGAAAAUUCUGUGUGAGCGCGUGAAAGCGCACAAAACGGUGUUUGGCUGGUGAUGAACGCGCUAGAAAUGUUUUGAACGAAUGGAAAGCGUGUGCCGUGCAAGUCAAAAUGUGGCUGCGAAGCGAGACUAGAGAUCGUCGACUGCGUUCAAGUAGUACGCGAAGCGCGGUCAAGUUCAAACCAUCCCCACUCAAAGUGGCUAGCCAAAAAGCAAAAAAGAGUUCAUCCGUCGAACUCGUAGUGUCUUCGUCUCGGCGAUCCGUACCAUCAGCGGUGCCCAAAUGUCGACCAGAAGUGUCAACGACGAUUGCCGAACCUUCAUCUACCGUAGUUUCGCGGUGCCGGACCGCCGCUGCUACGCCCAAUAAUCCACCUGCAAGAAGCAUCGUUGCAAGGCGCGCGACAACAGUUGGAAAGCCGGUGCGGAAUAAUCGUCCCACUGCUGCUAGCGGUGAAGAAAGCCGAAAGUCGGCCAGUCGCGAAGAGAUUACAAUACCGGACGAUUGCAAAGAAAACUGCUGGCAGGAUAAUAACGAUCUCACUCUAUUCGAUGGUACCACUGUCAUCGAUCAGAAGCACUUCGAAGAUUCACCCACACACUCCAGCUGUUCUUCGCAGCAACUACCUGCAGGCAUUGUAUCCUCCAACAAUGACACGCCACCGCAUGUUGAUAAUGUGGCUGAUGUGAGCUUUUCCACCGAAUCCACCGAAUGUGGACUAUACGCUAGGAAAGUUGGAGACGAUCUCGGUUCGGCCGAGGAUGCGCUCAAUCAGUUCAGUAUCAUUUCGUACGACUCGAACAAAAACACUUUGUUGGGCCACUCGAUCGUUUUGCCACCGAUCAGCGUUGCGCAGGCAUCAGUAGGGGCACCUGCAUGCCUGGAAGGGCCGGGACAGCUCAACUCCAAGUGCAUCACCGAAUGCGAUAGUACAACGGCAGACCUCGGCACUGAGGCUGCGGGCGAAUGUGUAAGUAACGUUAAGGCUAUAGUAAACCCCAGCUGCUACGUGGAGGAGGAUACAAUCCUGCCGUCCACCUCGUCGGAGGGAAUCUUUCCAAAGUCAAGUGCAAUCAUAUCUUCUAACUCGCUGGAUAUCGUUGUGCCGGAAGUGGACUCAACCACGGACACGAUAUCACCGGAUACGUCUUCUGCUAAUCUAAUUGCUGGCGAUAUGAUCGCCUCGUUCCCGCUGACCGCUUCCUCCAUCGAUUUUGCCGGAUCGUCGAUGUCGUCGUCCUCGUCGUCCUCGUCGUCGUCGUCCUCAUCCUCGUCCUCGUCCUCUUCCUCCUCGUCGACAUCAUCGUCCUCGUCGUCGUCGUCAUCAACGUCUUGCAAUACGUCACUGGGUGCCUCCGUAUCUGCAGUAUCGAUGGGAGCCUCAUCGCUGUCGUCCAAUUUUCAACCAAUCGCGUAUAGCAACUGUUCGUCGCUCUCUGGCACAGGGUACGAGGAGCAGCCGCAAUCCAGCUAUUCUCCUAGUCAGACAGCCGCCGCCGUAGCGGUUGCUUCUGAUUUGAUUUCCAUGUUCGAUGAGGAACACUACAAAAAUGCCACUGAUCUCGGCCAGUACACGGACUUCUCUUACAAUGCUCUGCUUACCCAGGCCCUCCUGAGCUGUGGCGAUGCGGCUGCUGCUGCCGGGCUUAAUCUUAGCUGCGGUCAAUCAAGCACGGACAGCUUGAACGAUUCCGCCUUUUUCUCGUCGCUCAACACAACGGCCAUCGAGAAUCUGAAAGCUCUAACGUCGCUUUCGAGCAUGGGCCAUAACAUGGACGGAAUGAUGUUGGAUGAUGGGGUCAAUGCUUCGCCCAACAUCCACGGGACGACGGGAUACAUCACGGAAUACGGAGGAGGAGGAGGAGGAGUAGGAGGGGAGCAGCAGGACCAUCAACAGCAGCAGCAUCAUCUGCAACACCAACGAGCCCUGGAUGGAUCGGAGCAGGAAUCACUGAUCCACAACAUUGAGUGCAAUGAAUCAAUUCCCAUGUGCGGCGACGACACAGAGGCAGCUAUGCAGCUGGAGAAUAAUGAGUGCAUUGAAAUGGAUGAGUCGAACGAUGGACAGCAUGACGAUGCCGCAUAUAGAGCGUUCGACCCGUACUUAUUCAUCAAGCAUCUUCCUCCGUUGACUUGUGAAAUGCGUUCCAAGUGUCCCGCAUUGCCGCUAAAGACACGCUCCAGUCCAGAGUUCAGCCUGGUGCUCGAUCUAGACGAAACGCUGGUGCAUUGCAGUCUAAUGGAGCUUUCCGAUGCGAGCUUCAAGUUUCCGGUGCUAUUUCAAGAGUGCAAGUACACAGUGUUCGUUCGUACCAGACCGUACUUCCGCGAGUUUCUCGAGAGGGUAUCGCAAAUGUUCGAGGUGAUUCUCUUUACCGCCUCGAAGCGGGUCUAUGCCGAUAAGCUGCUCAAUCUGCUUGAUCCGGAUCGCCGACUCAUUAAAUACCGUUUGUUCCGCGAGCAUUGUGUCCUAGUCAACGGAAAUUACAUUAAAGAUUUGACUAUACUGGGCAGGGAUCUUUCCAAGACCAUCAUCAUUGAUAAUUCACCACAGGCAUUUGGAUACCAGCUGGAAAAUGGUAUACCAAUAGAGAGUUGGUUCGUCGAUCAGAGCGAUUCGGAGUUGAUGAAAAUUUUACCAUUUUUGGAACGGCUCGUUGAAAUGCGCGAAGAUGUUCGUCCUCACAUUCGUGAAAAGUUCCGACUCUUUUCUUUCCUACCGCCAGAUUAAACUUAAUUCGUAUCUAACGGCAAUACAUGUUGUUGACGGCAGCACCUUAGUUAAUCUCACAAUUUCAUCUAAUUAAGCACGUUUCACUCCAAUUGUAUUUAUGUCAGCUGUUUUUUUUCUGGACUAGCGUCGUCAAGUGAAGUGUACAGACAAAGCCACUUAAGUAAUAUUUAAUAGUUACGACGUUUAGUUUCAGUUAACUAUUCUCUUUUAUUAAGCAUACACAGAUACAAACAAGCCUGCGCGCAAGGAUGGUAGAAAUGUGCGCAAGACACUUGGUGCUUGUGUGUAUGUUAUUGAUGAUACAUUCAUGUUUAUGCGACACAAAAAUAGUAUGACAACAUAUGGAUACAAUGAUACCGUUUUGCACAAGCAUAUAGUUUAACUGACAGAUUUACUUAAGAAGGCAGACUGUGUAGACUGUGCUGCUAAACACAUUCAUGUUCAAAUCUUAAACAAAUCCACCAAUUAACUCCAUAAUCCCCAUACUCGAAACGACGAGAGAAGAUUAGAAAUGAAAUCGAUUUAAUGAAUAAUUGUAGCAAUAUGAGAACUUUAGAUGCUUAGCGUAAUGUCCAACUCUUGUCGUCGUUCAAGGAACGGAAUUAAUAUACAUACAGGCGAUGUAUGAUAAUUUUGCUUUUGCCAGAUCAGUGAAUGAGCCCGUUAUGGUGGCCUACUGCUGGUGCCUGCUGCUGCUUACAAGGCAGCAAGACAAACGAAUUGAUAAAUAUGAUAUAUAACGAUCAAGAACAAAUCAACAACCUGGGAUGCCAUAGCGAACAGAACAAAUUACGAAAAUAUCAGAUGCAUUACUAUUAACUAUACUGCUGAAAGAAUCACAUGAGCACAUGAAUUACACGUAUCUCAAUACACACACACACACAGUUUAAACUCACCUUAGUCUAAAUGUAAGAAAUGGAAAAUAAUAUUUAACGGAUGCGGUUGAAUGUCGUCUCGAUAAGUGAAGAAAAGCGAAAGCAGCGUAGAGAAGGGUAUUAGGAGUGCUUUAGUUAUACGAUGGAAUUCCUGGUUAAAUUUGAUCACUCACACACACACACAUACGUAGAGCAAAAACGUAGCAAGUUAAUAUUAUUACGAUCACCGUUUAUGAUGAUUGCGAUCAUGAUCGAUCGACAUUGUUAAUUGAAAAUGUUUCUUCCGUUUUCUUUGAAAUACUGUAAUAUCUAGCGUGUAACGAUAUACAUAUUUUUUUAUUUAUUAACUCAUGGAUAUGACGUCUGAAAUGUUUGUACAAAGAAUUACGGUAAAUGCCUCCGACCAAAUGGGUCGAGCAUGCAGUUGUUUUGUUGAGAUGAAAAAAAUAAGAAAUCAAAUAUGUAACAAUAAUUAAA